GUCAUGCACCAUGUUUGUUGAGGUCGUCUCCUGUAGCUAAAUAAUAUAUCUCAUAAUUGUAGCCAUACGUUGUAUUAUUUCACGUAUUUCCCAUGGAAAACAGAUGUAUCUAAAUGUUGAUAGAAUUGUGUAGAGGGUGGCAGGCCUCUGCCAGCCUGCUUGCUGCUGACCAGCUCGCUAGGCUAACUUCAGCGUGAUACUUAGUUGGUUAGGGAUCUAGCAUUAGCUAGCCAUCUAGCUAAUCAGAGGUUAUUACGGGAGGAAUACAUCUUGUUUUAAGAGGCCUGUUGUCUAAUUGGGCGGACAUCUGAAAUGACAGUCAUCUGUAGCGUCUAACUGAACUGACGUGUAUCAAAGGUCAAGCUUGCCUUGAUGUUGGACCUCCUGCGUAGCAUGCAGCCAUGAGCUCUGCCCUGUGGAGCCAGGAGAAGCCCAGUGGGGGCUUUAGGGAGGACUCGCGCUUCUACAUGGUUGUGAAGGAGUGUACUGUGGAGAAGCCUCCACAGAAGACUCUGAGGAUCCCACGUGGUAGCCUUGGUCAGGCUUGUCAGGAGCGCAACAGCUUGGGGCGAACACUGCCCCCAUGCAAAGGCAAGAAGAGUCUCCGCAUACUGGACCAGACCAAUGUGGUGCUGAGCCUGGAUGAACGAGAUGUCUUGGAGCUGGAUGAGAAACUGGCUGAGCUGCUUUUCCCCAUUACCAACUGUGAAGAGAGAUAUGCCCUGCUCCACAACAAGUUACGCCUAGAACGUGUCCGUGAUAUUGACUGUGGUUCCAAGGUGCACGUCCAGCUGCGGAUAGGGGAUGAACCUCUUCCUGGUGUGGUCCGCUUCAAGGGCUCGCUUCUUCCUGACAGGGCCCCAUCUGGAAUCUGGUUUGGAGUGGAGCUGCUGGAGGAGGGCCGAGGCCAAGGCUUCACAGAGGGCUCUUAUCAGGGCCGCCAACUAUUCCGCUGCGAGGAUGAGUGCGGUGUGUUUGUGGCCCUGGACAAGCUUGAACUCUGGGAGGAUGAUGAUGAUGAAGCUUUGGGUGAGCUAGAGGUGGACCACAUGAAUCUGGUGGAAGACCAGGACUUUCCUCCACUGGAGAUCAACUCCAGGGUGUUAGUGCAGACCAGGGAAGGACCCGAGAGAGGCACCAUCAUUUUUUGUGACCUGCUGCCGGGCAAUGAGAGCCUGGGCUACUAUGUGGGAGUUGACAUGGACAAUCCUAUAGGGGAAUGGGAUGGUGUUUUUGAUGGGAAGCUGCUGUGUAAUUUUGCCAGUUUGGAGCACACUCGACUUGUCCCCAUCUGUGACGUAAUGCCAGAAUAUUCCAUGCAGGACCAAAGGCCGCAAAAGCACAGUUUUGCCCCCAGAGGCACCAACAGUGACAAGUCAUCCUCUGGCCAAAGCAAACCAAAGAGCAAAGGAUUAGGUCAACAGUGUGGCAGUAGGAGCAAGUCUGAAUUUUACUAUACUUUAAAUGGCAGCUCUCUUGACCCCCCCGCCCAGUCCAAAUCCAAAAGCACAUGGUACAUUGAUGAAGUUGGGGAAGACCCUGCCAAGUCACUUACUGACACGCCCCCUGAUUUCAACCAGUCGUCCCCGCCCUCCAGAGCCCCGCCCUCUUCCUCAUUGUCUAGUGACAACAAGUUCCACUCUCUGCCCUUCAGCCUGAACCGGAAAACUGGGCCCAUUGACAACAUGAAUCAUGGGCCUCAUACCCUGUCUGUCCAGUCGGUGAUGGGAGAGCAGCCUGAGCCCCCUUCUCCUGCUGCCCCUCCCUCACCACGCCCCCCGACACCUCCCCGAGGACAGCCAGGGCUUGAGGUGGGCUCUCUGGUGGAGGUGAAGGAGAACCCCCCUCUGUGUGGUGUCAUUCGCUGGGUGGGCCUGCCUCCAGGCCUACUGGAGCCUCUGGCUGGGCUGGAGCUGGAAGAAGAGUGUCCUGGUUGCACUGAUGGUACCUUCAAAGGCACCCGGUACUUCACGUGUCCACCCAAAAAAGCCCUGUUUGUGAAGCUCAAGUGCUGUCGGCCCGACUCUCGCUUCCCGUCCCUGCACCACUCCUCUAACCCCAUAGAGCGGUGCAACUCAAUUGCAUUUGGGGGUUACCUAAGUGAGGUAGUACAAGAGAACACACCUCCCCGUACAGAGAACGAUGGUCUGGAUGUCAUGGUGGGAAAAAAGAAAGGCAUCCAGGGCCACUACAACUCCUGCUAUCUGGAUUCAACCCUCUUCUGUCUGUUCUCCUUCAGUUCUGUACUGGACACGGUUCUGCUGAGACCACAGUCAAAGACUGACGUAGAGUAUUACAGAGAGACCCAAGAGCUGUUACGCACAGAGAUAGUCAACCCCCUGCGCAUAUAUGGGUAUGUGUGUGCCACUAAAGUGAUGAAGCUGAGGAGGAUCCUGGAGAAAGUGGAAGCAGCCUCUGGGUUUACCUCUGAAGAAAAAGAUCCUGAGGAGUUCCUCAAUAUCCUUUUCCAUCACAUAUUGAGGGUGGAUCCAUUGCUCAAGCUAAGAUCAGCUGGACAGAAGGUCCAGGACUGUUACUUUUAUCAAAUCUUUAUGGACAAGAAGGACAAGGUCGGAGUCCCUACCAUCCAGCAGCUCCUAGAGUGGUCCUUCAUCAACAGCGACUUAAAGUUUGCAGAGGCUCCCUCCUGCCUUAUCAUCCAGAUGCCCCGCUUUGGCAAAGACUUCAAAAUGUUUAACAAGAUUUUCCCCUCACUAGAGUUAGACAUCACAGACCUUCUUGAAGACACUCCAAGGGAAUGUCGAAUCUGUGGAGGCUUGGCUCUCUACGAGUGUCGAGACUGUUAUGAGGACGGGGAUAUCACCGCUGGCAAGAUUAAACAGUUCUGUGAGAAGUGCAAUACACAGGUUCACCUCCACCCAAGGCGGAAAGCCCAUCGGCAUGGAAAACUGUCUGUCCCCAAAGAGCUACAAGAAGGUAUGGGACGGCAGGGCAGUUUUCCCCGCCAAAGGAUGGCGCUGUUCGCUGUGCUGUGCAUCGAGACCAGUCACUAUGUGGCCUUUGUCAAGUACGGCAGCGCAGACUCUGCCUGGCUCUUCUUCGACAGCAUGGCUGACCGUGACGGAGGGCAGAAUGGUUUCAACAUCCCCCAGGUAUCUCCCUGUCCAGAGGUGGAAGCCUAUCUAAAAAUGACCCCAGAGGAGCUGCAUGCCCUGGAUCCCAAAAGCAUUCAGGGCCAGGCCCGACGCCUGCUGUGCGAUGCGUACAUGUGCAUGUACCAGAGCCCAACCAUGAGCCUGUACAAGUAGAAUGCUCUCCCCAAAAACUUGCCCGUCCAUUUCUGUCCCAUAGCCACACCGCCUCCCCUCCUUCAGGGCAGGAGAUUCCCAGAAAGACCAAAAAGGCAAAAUAAACUUUAAAGAAGAAAGGCUGCCUGUCAGCAUGGGUCAGAUCCAAAGUUAACCCUCUCCACCAAACCUCUCCUCACUACCUGCCCAUCUCUACAGGUUAGAGAGAUGGAAGAGAGGGCCUGUUUGCACUGUGCAUUAGUUGAAGUGUUGUGUUCUUCAUGUAAUCCUAUGUAGCUUCCCUGUGUUUCACAGCUGAGCAUUGGUGGUGGAUGA